AUGGCAGAUGUAAUGAGCCUCUUCUCCCUCAGCGGGACAACCGCCCUCGUCACCGGCGGAACUCGAGGUAUCGGCCAAGCCAUGGCCUUUGCUUUGGCCGAAGCCGGUGCCGAUAUUAUCUUGGUUCAGAGAGAUGACACCAACACAUCAACCAAAGACGAGAUUAUCAAUCGUCUCGGUCGUAAAGCGUGGAUCCACGUCGCCGAACUGGGAGAUCGGAAAGCCGUCAAAAACAUCGUGCCCGCAUUGACCAGUCAAGGGCUCAAGCCGCAGAUUCUGGUGAACUGCGCAGGCAUCCAACGGCGACACCCGAGCGAGCAAUUCCCCGACGAAGACUGGGACGAGGUACUAGAAGUGAACCUCUCCUCCGUCUUUGCUUUGUGCCGAGAAUUCGGCGCCUACCUACUAGCCCGUGACGCCUCCGAGUUUCCCUCCGGCCGCCGAGGCUCCAUCAUCAACGUUGCCUCGCUACUCACCUUCCAGGGUGGGAUUACCGUCCCCGCCUAUGCGGCGUCCAAAGGUGGUAUCGGGCAGUUGACCAAGGCGCUCUCGAACGAGUGGAUCUCCAAGGGAAUUAAUGUCAAUGCGAUUGCACCUGGAUAUAUCGCUACUGAUAUGAACACAGCUCUGAUUAACGACUCUAACCGCAAUACUGCUAUUAUGGCACGUAUUCCCGCUGGCCGUUGGGGGUCUCCUGAGGACUUCAAGGGUGCGGUGGUUUUUUUGGCUAGUCGGGCUAGUGGUUAUGUCUCUGGUGAAAUUCUUACUGUGGAUGGUGGAUGGAUGGGUCGGUAA